GGGGAGGAGGGCGAGCCCAGGAGAAAGAGCGAGCAAGUGAGCGAGCCGGAGGGAGAGAGCCAGAGCUAGGCGCAAGAGAAGGGCCAGCGCAUUACAUCAUCGCUUGGCCUGGAAUCAAGUGGGAAGGAUAUGACUCACUCAGGCUAGUUAAGCUUUGGCUCAAAUUCUACACACACUCAUUCCAGAGCUCUCAUGUUCUGCACCUCAGGAGGGAAUUCAGCCUCAGUGAUGUCCAUGAGGCCUGUCCCAGGCUCUCUAUCUUCUCUGCUACAUCUCCACAACAGACAGAGACAGCCCAUGCCAGCCUCCAUGCCUGGGACCCUGCCCAACCCAACAAUGCCGGGAUCUUCUGCCGUCUCCAUGCCAAUGGAGAGACAAAUGUCAGUGAACUCCAACCUCCUGGGAAUGCAAGGUCCAAAUCUCAGCAACCCCUGUGCUUCUCCCCAAGUCCAGCCAAUGCAUUCAGAAGCCAAAAUGAGGUUGAAGGCCGCGUUGACUCACCACCCCGCUGCCAUGUCAAAUGGGAAUAUGAACACCAUGGGACACAUGAUGGAAAUGAUGGGCUCCCGGCAGGACCAGACGCCACACCAUCACAUGCACUCGCACCCACAUCAGCACCAGACGCUGCCAGCCCAUCACCCCUACCCGCACCAGCACCAGCACCCAGCCCACCAUCCUCACCCUCAACCCCAUCACCAGCAGAACCACCCACAUCAUCACUCCCACCUUCACGCACACCCUGCACAUCACCAGACCUCGCCACACCCACCCCUGCACUCCGGCAACCAAGCACAGGUUUCACCAGCGACACAACAGAUGCAGCCGACCCAGACAAUACAGCCGCCCCAGCCCACAGGGGGGCGCCGGCGAAGGGUGGUGGAUGAGGAUCCCGACGAGAGGCGGAGGAAAUUUCUGGAACGGAACCGGGCCGCUGCCACCCGCUGCAGACAGAAGAGGAAGGUCUGGGUGAUGUCACUGGAAAAGAAAGCAGAAGAACUCACCCAGACAAACAUGCAGCUUCAGAAUGAAGUGUCCAUGUUGAAAAAUGAGGUGGCCCAGCUGAAACAGUUGUUGUUAACACAUAAAGACUGUCCAAUAACAGCCAUGCAGAAAGAAUCACAAGGAUAUCUAAGUCCGGAGAGCAGUCCUCCCGCCAGCCCUGUCCCAGCUUGCUCUCAGCACCAGGUCAUCCAACAUAAUACCGUCACCACUUCCUCUGCAGUGAGCGAGGUGGUGGGAAGCUCCACCCUCAGUCAGCUCACCACUCACAGAACAGACCUGAAUCCCAUCCUUUAAAAUCCACCACUGGGUCAGACCUUGCCUCCAAGAAGAGCUGUCGCAUAUCAUGCGUCCUUUCCUUUAAGGGCAUUUUUAGAAUUAACUCAGACCUGGAAGACUCCUCAGCCCUUCAGAGACUGGCUUUCAUUUUUAUAGUUAUUAUGGAAAUGUCGUCUUUUAUACUUAGUUCUAUAAGAAAAAAGGGAGUUAUGCAAUUAAUUAAUCUAUCAGCUUGGGAAAUGCUUUGGUGCUUUUCUCCAAUUUUCUGGUACCAGUGAACUUGUUUAUAAACUGAACUCCUUCUGUAUAUAGACAUGGUUUCAUUCUUAUCGGUCCAACCCUUUGCCUGAAACAUUGCAUCUUGUUAAACCGCAGCUUUUAGCCAAAAUGAGGCAUGCCCACAUGUCACGUAAACGGAUGCAAGGUAACUGGGUGGUGAGUCUGAUGAUGUCGUAACACAUGUUGAGUUUGUGCUGUGAUGUCGCCAGAAUUCCAGAUGAACACAGAGCCUUUUCCAUAUUUGUCUUCCUCUUAUUAUAAAAAAAGGAUGAGAUCCACUGAUGUCCAAAUAAAACCACCAAGCAUCUCCCCACCUCUCCUCCUCCUCUUGGUCCACCUCCUUGAAUUGCCAAUUUUCUCCACUCUCCCUCUCCUUUUCCACCUUUUCCUGGGCCGCCUGUGUACUCUUCAUUUUUACUUUCUUCUGUUUUAUUUUUCCACCUUUAGCAUUGCAGGUAAAGAAGAAAACAAUGCCUAAAGGGAAAAAAAAACACAAGUAAAUCUAAAAAAAUACGAAUCUAGCCAUUGCUUCCCUUGCCUGUGACCCACAGCUGGAGUUCAUUCAUCUCUUGCUUUUUAUAAAAUGGUAAGCAAGAGAGGUUUAAUGUGCCUGGUUUAAUGUUUUUAAUAAUCAGAACAAAUAAAAGGUGGCUUAGCCAUAGGUGAAACACUGUUGAAUGCCAGCUGUGGAGACACCAGGGAAGGGAACCUAUAAGCCUUGAUUGUGAAGGUCCAAAUUAUGAUGUGGGCUGUAACAUCACACCCUCGAAUUACAACCGGCUUUAUAUGGCCUGUCUAUAAGGUUAAAAAUCCAUAGACUAUAUAAUAAUUCAGAAGGGCUCUAUUCACUACACAGAUUACAAUGGUCAAUCAUCAGCUGCUAAUAGACUAAGAUUUAUUAAUUAUUUUUUUCUCUUAAGCCUAUGGAACUGGCUUUGCUAUUCUGGUGGGUGAAAGUACACGCUUUACUGGAGGAACAAAGAGAGAAAGAAAACCUGAUGUUCCCGUAGGGGUGCUUUCAGCUCCCCCCCCCCGCCCGCCGCCCCCAGAACAGCCAAAGCCUUUUUUGGCUGCUGCAAGAAUCCCAUGGAUAUGGCUACUCUACUCUUCUGAAUAAUUCUGAUUUAUAUUUUCAACAACUUUCAUCAGCUUGCCCAUUAUAAAAAGCAGAUAGUCCCGAACCACGGUUGUGCCUCCUUGAAACAAGCCAUUCUACUGUGCUAAUGUGUGCUAAUAUCACAUCUCACAAGUAACGGGCUAAUGUUUCUCUCUAGCAGUGUAGACAGGUGCUGGUGUUUCAUCUCCAUUUGAAUGCUUGACGUCCUAACAUGAGUGUGUGUGUGUGUGUGUGUGUGUGUGUGUGUGUGUUCAUGGGAUUUAAAUAAUAGUAUUUUACAAAAGGUGUCGCUUUUAUAAGAGUUCAAAAAAGGGAAAGAUACAUGUGUGGAUGUGGGUGUGUGUAUAUGUGUUUAUCUCUCCCUGUAGCAUAAGAAUCUAUUUUGGAGAAAAAAGAAAAUAUGAGAGUCGUGAAGCAUGAUUUUUAUAACUAGUUUCAGUUUUAUCUAAUAACUUACUUUUUAAAUCAGUAUUUAUCAACCUUUUUUUUUUCAUGUAUGCAGUGCUUUCAAAAGAAAGUUUUGAGUGUCCAGGGAAACUCAUGACUAGAUAUAUGGUCUAAAAAUCAAAACAAAAGCAAAAGCAAAACAAAAAAUAAACACACACACACA